GUGUAUUUCUUUGUAAAAGAAAAUUCUUAUUCGAUUAUUUUAAAACCUACAGCCUUUAUAUUCUUUUUGAACAUAACCUCAAAGAAAUAAUAAGAAAUGAUUUUCGAGUCGACCGACGAAUCAAGAGACUUUCUUACACGAUAUAAAAUAGAUUAUCCUCCGAGAGAUGCGAAGAAAUUGGCCAAGUAUGAACCGAAACCGUUUUAUCCAACAUCCUUGAAUAUAUUAAAUGGACCGUAUAAACGUCAUUUGAAUACAACUCUCGUAAACGAUACUCUACCUUUGGAGGAACGAACGGAAGAUCCUCGAAAUUAUAUAAAUAAAGUACAUGAAAAAUAUCCACAUUUGAAAAAAUUUAUUCUUGAAUCUUCCUUAAACGAAGAACUCUUCGAACUAGAAAAUAAAAAGCUGAAGCGAACUAUUUAUCAAACGGAUUAUUAUAAACAUCUUGGCUAGUAUAAUAAACAAAAAAAUAAUGGAAUU